AUGAGAGGUUGUGAAAAAAAAAAUGUAUAUAUCUUAAAAAACAAGAUAAAUAAGAUAUGAUUUCGUAAUAGAUUCACAUAUGAUGAUAAAACAUUUUGAGAGUAGGAAAUGUUGUGAACAGCCUUGGCAGCAGUCACACGGCAAUUGACAAGCUUUAUCAAGAUCAGAUAGUGCAAAGUAGCGUAAGUGAGAUUCCGACAUUCCGGUUGACGCAGCGCGGUGUGUUGAUAAUGCUCCCAACUGUCUCGUUUAUUUUCUUGUUUUUACUUUUUCGCUCUUUUUGACGGAAGUUUGUACUCCAAUGCUUUUCAGAAGACAUGCUGGGUAGGAAGGCGUUGGUGACGUGUCUCAAAAAAACGUGCCAUGCGUUUCCACGGCGCCCACCGUCGGACAGCGUCAUUCCCACACUAUUUGGUACCCUGAUGCCAAAUUUGAGCGCCAAUUUAAGGUUUGAUUUGAUGGAAAAAUCAUUUCAUAUUUAACACGCUUCUGUUAUAAAAAUAUUUAUUAGAAUCUUAAAAAAAGCAAGUAAAAAAACUUUCCUGCGGUCGAAUAUUUCUUCAAGAACGACAACUGUAAAGUUCUCUUUUGAAUCUCACUACAUUUUUGAAAAUUUUCUUCAAGAGAAUCUUUCAAGUUGAAAAAGUUGACUCCGUUUGAAACGCCUUUCUUUUCUUCACAUCUCUCUUCCUCAAAAAGAAAGUUUGCGUUUCCAUAAUUUUUUACGACGCUAAAAUGGAAAAGGUAAAAAUUAGGAGCAUAAGGUUCGGGAAAACAAUUUUUUGUUUCAAAGUUGGUUAGAGGAAAACUUACGAGUAUAAUUUGGUUAUUCCAGACCGGUGGUACUUUGGGAAAGCUUUGGAUGUCGGAACGAGUUUCUGACUUUGACGAAAAGAUCGGUCUCGAUAAACUGGAAAGACUUUCCUACUCCGAGCCAGUGAUGAGUGAUUCGUUCGAUGCAAAACAAAGGUUGCCGAAUAAAGAUGAUUUUAGAAGUAUCAGAUAUAAUUUUUCAGAGAAAAGAGCUUGGAAAACAUGAUUCUGAACUUUGGGCCUCAGCAUCCAGCCGCUCACGGUGUGCUCCGUUUAGUUCUAAAACUCGAAGGAGAGGUAAAAUAAUCAGUAGGUUGUAAUGAACUAACUUCGAACUUUGAGGUUAUUCUCAAAGCCAUCCCUCAUAUCGGUUUGCUCCAUCGCGCUACCGAGAAGCUUAUUGAGCACAAAACUUACACACAGGUGGAUUUCCCUUUUUUAUUGGUAUUUUCCAAAUUUGAAUAAGUAGCCAGCUUGCAUGUCACCAACACGAACAUUUCUCUCUUUAAGUUUCGGUUUUUUCUUCCCUCGAUGCUUUAGUUUCCCUUUUUAUUAUUUCGUGCUUUUUCGUCGAUAUAAAAGUGAACUGAAAAUUUUCAUCAUUAGGCUCUUCCUUACUUCGAUCGUCUUGAUUAUGUCUCCAUGAUGAACAACGAACAAGCGUGGUCGUUGGCCGUCGAGAAACUGCUCGGAAUCGACAUUCCUCCUCGCGCCAAGUUCAUCCGAAGUGAUUUCGAUCUCUGAAAAACGAGUUAUAGAGUUUUUUUCAGCUCUUUUCGGUGAACUCACUCGAAUCCAGAAUCACAUUAUGGGUAUCACUACACACGCCCUUGACGUCGGCGCCAUGACGCCUUUCUUCUGGAUGUUCGAAGGUUUUAUUUUCAACUCCACAUGAGCUUAAAACAUUCAUUACAAAACAACUGUAGACUUUUCUUACUCAAAACUUUUCGAAUUAAGUUUUUUUUCGAUUCACCGAAAAGUUUUCAAUUAUGUUAUUCCAAAAAGACGCUGUACCUUGCGCAAAAAUAAAUCUCAAAUUCUUAAAAAGGACUCAAAUACGAAGGACUGAAAAAGUAAUUUUGUAGUUUUCCUCAUUGUUUACCUUUUUUUUGUGAUAAUUGAACGAUACAUUUUUUAAGAGCGUGAGAAACUGUUCGAGUUUUCCGAACGAGUAUCUGGGGCUCGCAUGCAUGCCAAUUACGUUCGCCCAGGCGGAGUUUCAUGGGAUUUGCCUAUCGGAUUGAUGGAUGAUAUUUACGACUGGGCGGUCAAGGUUUCAUUUUUUUUUUCUCGAAACGAAUGAAGGACUUUUUUGACAGUUCCCCGAACGAAUCGAUGAACUCGAGGAUAUGCUCACGGAAAACAGAAUCUGGAAAGCUCGUACUAUUGAUAUCGGUAUAAUUCAAAAUAUUAGGAGAAACCAAGAUUUUAAAGGACUGGUUUCUGCUUCGGAUGCUUUGAACUGGGGAUUCACUGGUGUGAUGGUGCGCGGAUCGGGAAUCAAGCAAGACGUGAGGAAGACCCAGCCGUACGACGCCUACGACCAAGUUGAGUUCGACGUGCCCAUCGGAACCAAGGGAGAUUGCUAUGACCGGUUUGUUCUAUCAGGUUUUUUGUUAUCAUAUUCAGUGGAAAAGCUAUUUAACUUAAGAUUAGAUUUCAUUCAGGCAAACCUGAUAAUUUUUGGAAAAAGAUACUAGCAACAUGAAGAUGUAAGAAAGGCAGCUGCAAAACAAUCUACAAAAGGGGGUCAGCAAAAAUUUUUUAGUUGAAGAUUUAUUAGUAACAAGUAUCUAAACUAUUUAUGAUAACAAACAAGAAGUUAUAUAUUGUUAAGGAAAAAAAUCUUAAAGAUUAUGGAACGUUACAAGAAUAAUGUGAAGUUGACAAAGUAUUGAGAUUAGAGAAAAGAUGGAAGUUCUCAGAGUUUAAGAGAUCUGCCUUAAAAGAAAUAGAUCGUUCGAAAAUAAUGAGGAAAAACUCAUGAGAAAAUUUCGGAACUCCAUGGUAAAUUUAUCACGUGAUCCCUAUGGUUUAAGGAGACUGAAAUUGAUAGUAUAGUGUAGAAAGUUUUAGAAUCGAAUUAAUAGAAGAAUAAUUUUUUGAAAAUGAGGAUGUAGAAUAAUUAAAAUUUCUGGAAUGUUUCAAUUUAAGAAACGGGGCCGCCACAGCAAUUUACAAUUUGUAAAGUGAAGCGAAAUACUUUUAAAAACGUCAUAAGCGGAAUUCUAAAUUAGAACUUUUGGGACAAAAAUCACUUUCCAGCUACCUUUGUCGAAUCGAAGAGAUGCGACAAUCUCUCAACAUUGUUCACCAGUGCUUGAACAAAAUGCCUGCCGGAGAAGUCAAAGUCGAUGACCACAAAGUAGUGCCGCCAAGACGUGCAGAGAUGAAGGUGGGACAUUCAAUUCAAAAAUGAGAGACAGAAAAAAGAAAGCUUAUUCCAGGAGUCUAUGGAGUCAUUGAUCCACCACUUUAAAUUCUUCACCGAAGGAUUCCAAGUUCCUCCCGGAGCGACUUACGUGCCAAUCGAAGCCCCCAAAGGAGAAUUUGGUGUUUACUUGAUUGCCGACGGAAGCAGUAAGCCAUACAGGUACAUUUUUUGUUUAUUGUCAUGAGUGAAUUUGUGAAGGGGAAGCGUUGCGUUCUCAACGCGACUUUGUUGUGGCAACUCAAAACCAAACGCGAGACAUCAUUUUCCAAGUUUUCCGCUUUUCUGACAGUCAAAAAAAUAUAUUUGAAAGCAUAAAAUCAAAAAAAAGUAGUAAAAAAUGUUUUUCCUAGCGCCAAUUGUUACUCAUUUAACAUACAAAAACUUGCUUAUCUUGAUGGAAUUCCAGAUGUUUCAUCCGAGCUCCCGGAUUUGCUCACUUGGCCGCCAUUCACGACGUUUGUUACAUGUCCCUGAUCGCUGACAUUGUCGCUGUUAUUGGAACCAUGGAUAUUGUGUUCGGAGAAGUCGAUCGAUAA